CAGGUGGCGCAUAAGGACGCUUGCUAGACUACUGCUAAGUAACGCUAAGGUCUUCUCAGGCCGGUCGCCGUCAAAGCAGCCAAUGUUUUCAUUGUACAAAAUUACUACUGGAUAUCAUGUCCGUUGGAACUCCACCUCUACACCGCCGACAUUAUAGACGCGAUUUCCUUGUGACGUCUUUACAAAACCAAAGAAGAUGGCUCUUCCUCAAUUUGUCGGCGGCAUGAGGGAGAAUGCGGCUCGACACCAACCUCACCGGGAGAAUGGCAGCAGGACCCAGCUUCGACCUCCGAGCGACCCCAGCGUUAGACUGCCACACCAGGACAAUCCCACGACCGGGCGGAUUCCACUGGAUGACUGCGUGCGAAUGGGAACGCUGUUUGGGAUGUUCAAUAAGUGCCUACGGGGGAUGGGUUUCGGCCAGAUGUACUUUGGCGACAAGAUCGUGGAGCCAGUCGUCAUCGUCAUCUUUUGGCUCCUGCUGUGGUUCCUGGGCAUUCACGCCCUGGGACUAGUGGGAAGUCUGUGCAUCAUCAUCAUUUACAUCCAGGAUUAACGGCUAGUUGGGGCUUCUUCUGGGUAAUUGAUUAGAUCCCAGACCGGGGGUCACCAAGCUUUACCAUCAAAAGAGCCAUUUUGCCUUCUCUUCCCGGGUCUUCCCAAGGCCUCCUAUGGACUGGACGUGUCCAGGAGAAUCCUAACCGGAUGCCCGAGCCUCCUCAUCUUGCUCCCGUCAGUGCAAGGAGCAGCAGAGCAGGAGCUUCUCCUGGAUGAAGUUCUUCUAACCUUAUCAAAACCAUUACUCUCCUACCAAAGUGGCUGUGGAUUGAUAAAUAAUUUAUGGAUUAAUAAAUCAGGAGGGAUGUUCUCUUCCAAAGGUGAGGUGGAAGCAGCAGAGUCAAUCAGUCAAACGGCUCAACUGUACCGGAAUGUUCACUUCAGGAAAAGUGCCAAGAUUGAAAUAAAAAACAUCAUCGUCGUCUUUGCUGAUCAAUUUUUUAAUAAGCUAAAACAUUUUGAUACGUAAGGUUUGAAUGUUGGAUAUUACCAUCAACACCAUGUUUGGAAAACUCAUUAAGAUCACUGCAAUCAAUCUCAUGCCAUGUCUCCAGGAAGUAUAUCGUGUACUUGAGGGGGACGUAUAGUGCGUACUUGAGGGGGAAGUAUAUCGUGUACUUGAGGGUGAAGUAUAUCGUGUACUUGAGGGUGAAGUAUGGUGUGUACUUGAGGGUGAAGUAUGGUGUGUACUUGAGGGUGAAGUAUAUCGUGUAUUUGAGGG